AUGGGGACUUUUGACAUUUUAACGAAAGUGUCUUGUAUCAUGACAUGGCCACAAGGAGGCUCUCAGUGGGAUGGGGAUGCGGAGGAGGGGAUAUUUGCAACAGCUGUGAAGAAGUUCAGUUUCUUGAACCCACUGUUGAUAUUUAGUGGUGAUUGCUUAAAUCCUUCAGUUUUAAGCACAAUAACAAAAGGAAAGCAUAUGAUUUCUAUAUUAAAUGAAUUGGGAGUACAUUUUGCAAUUUUUGGAAACCAUGAAUUUGAUUUUGGUGUUGAUAUAUUGGAAGACUACACGAAGCAAAUGCACUUUCCCUGGUUUCUCAGCAACGUCUACGACAGAUUUACUUCCGAACCCCUUGGACAUGGUACAGUAAAAAAAAUAGUUAAUUGGAACAAUAUCAAAAUUGGCUUAAUGGGAUUAGUGGAAGAAGACUGGCUGGAUACCCUGGCUACAGUGAACAAGUCAAACGUGAGCUACAAGGAUUACGCCGACGUUGCGAAUGACAUAGCUGAGAAGCUGAGAGUCGCGGGGGCCGAGCUUGUGGUGGCCCUGACGCACAUGAAGUGGGGGAACGACACCCGGCUGGCCCAGCAGGCAGGCCUCGACUUGAUCCUCGGAGGCCAUGACCACGACUAUGGAAUCAGGAAGGUGAACGGCACGUGGAUUGUCAAAAGUGGAUCUGACUUUAAGAAUUUGACAAAAAUAAACAUAAGGCUCCUGGGCGCCUCUUCCCAAUUCGUCUUUGAGAAAGUGGACGUUUUGAGCUACCUGGAAGAAGACGCGUACAUCAAGGCGAUCGUUAGGGAUUUUACUCAGAACCUACAGUACAUGUUAGAAGAAGUUCUUUGCCCAAUUGAUAUGGAAUUAGAUGGCCGUGAAACUACUGUACGAAGAUCUGAGAGCAAUCUUGGAAAUUUAGUAACAAAUGCUAUGCUGGAGGCGACUCGUGCUGAUGCAGCACUGCUUAACUCAGGCACUUUAAGAUCGGAUAGAAUCCAUCCACCAGGGAAUUUCACCUUGCAUGACCUUUUAGCUGUUCUUCCCAUCGUGGACCCUGUGUUAGUUGUCAGAGUGACAGGCUCACAGCUGCUUGAAGCUCUUGAAAAUGGGGUUUACAAGUACCCGGCUCUAGAUGGGAGGUUUCCUCAAGUUGCUGGAAUAGAAUUUGGGUUCGAUCCAGAGGCAGAACCAGGGCAUCGCGUCAUCAGGGACACCGUGAAAGUUCAGGGACAAUACCUGCGGAAGAAGAAAGUUUACCUUCUUGCCAUUAAGGAAUACAUUGCAAAUGGAAAGGAUGGUUACAGCAUGCUUAAAAGUUGCCCUCGAAUGUUUGACCCAGAAACAGCACAAGUCCUCUCUACAGUAGUCAUGAAUCACUUUGAGUCAAUAAAAAUUUUUCAAGGAAGGAAGAGGUGUCUUUCAGGCCACCGAAUGAGUUUAAUCACAACUACAGACAAAUCACCAUCACUCACAGCCUUUGAGGAAGAAUCAGAUAAGCCACCCACAAUAACUGCGGUGCCUGGCAUAGAGGGAAGAAUCUGCCACAUCUCUCCAGACAUGAAGGAGCAUUUGCACCAGCUUCGAACCGUAAGAAAGCAAGGCUUAAGGGCGCUACCUGCCGCCAGUGCCAGCGCCCUUGAGAAUUCGGACUCCGAUUGACGUGCAGUACAGCUAGCGUGUUUCAUUAGUCAGUCCAAAAGGAAUUUGACCAAUUUUAACAUUGUUAAAAAUAGCAACAUAAUUUUGAUUUUUGUAUUGUUCUAGAAUUGAUGUUAAUUCUAGGAAUGAUUAUGGCUCUAAAUGUUCUUUUCUGUUAAUUUUUUAUCAAGUCAUGCAACUUUUGACUUUUCGCUGUUAGGCAGGC